CGCCGUGCUCGAAACAAGCCAUUGCGAAGGCCGCUCGUGAUCUCCUCCCUACACCCCACCCGCAGCCUUGCUCUUUCGCUUGUCUGAGCUGUCUCAGAUGCGGUGUUUCUAAGCUGUACACCCAAUCUGACAACGCUAAACCCGAGUACCUCUUGUGAUCGACAGCUCCGACGCCCUCGACAACCCACUCCAGCACAACCUCGAGUACUCCGGGCGACCGACCGAGCAAAGCACACAUCCGCCCUUUCGAACAGCUACGGCAAUCUCCAUCCAGCCCUGGCCACCACAACAUAGGGCGUGAAGCCCGUCAGGCGCCGUCACCAUGGCCGCCGCCGCCUCCGCUCUCUUUAACAGGGGCAUGGGCCCCUCCAGCAAAGAGAAUACGAUGCGCGGCCUCGUCUCCUUCAUCGCCGACCUGCGAAACGCCCGAGCACGCGAACUCGAAGAGAAGCGAAUCAACAAGGAACUCGCCAACAUCCGACAGAAGUUCAAAGGCGGCAACCUAUCCGGCUACGACAAGAAGAAGUACGUGUGCAAGCUAUUGUACAUCUACAUCUUGGGAUGGAAUGUCGAUUUCGGGCAUUUGGAAGCCGUGAAUCUGAUUUCGGCGACCAAAUACUCGGAGAAACAGAUUGGAUAUCUGGCUGUGACCUUAUUCUUGUACGAAGGGCAUGAGCUGUUGCACCUGGUGGUCAACAGCAUUCGGAAGGAUCUGGCGGAUCACAAUGAGUUGAACAACUGCCUGGCUCUCCAUGCCAUUGCCAACGUAGGCGGGAAAGAGAUGGGAGAGGCGCUUUCUGCGGAGGUGCAUCGAUUGCUUAUAUCCCCUGCGAGCAAGCCAUUUGUCAAGAAGAAGGCGGCUUUGACGCUCCUGAGGCUCUAUCGAAAAGUACCAACAAUUGUGCAGCCGGAAUGGUCAGAGAGGAUAAUCGCGAUUAUGGACGACCAAGACUUGGGCGUUGCAUUGAGUGUCACGAGUUUGAUCAUGACCUUGGCCCAGGAUGAUCCGGACAGCUACAAGGGCAGCUAUGUGAAGGCUGCGCAGAGGCUGAGAAAGCUGGUGGUAGACCAAGACUAUGCGGGAGACUAUGUCUACUACAAAGUGCCCUGCCCCUGGCUGCAGGUUAAGCUGUUGCGGCUGAUGCAGUAUUUUCCCCCUUCAGAGGAUACGCAUGUGCGACAACUUAUGCGAGACUCUUUGCAAGUCAUCCUGGACAAUGCGAUGGAGAGUCCAAAGAAUGUACAGCAGAACAAUGCGCAGAAUGCAGUGUUAUUCGAGGCUAUUAACCUCAUUAUACACUUGGAUACGGAGCGGGACCUGAUGGUGCAGAUAUCAACGAAGCUGGGCAAGUUCAUUGGGAGCAGAGAGACGAAUGUGAGAUAUCUGGGACUCGAGGCCAUGACACAUUUGUCAGUGCGAGCGGAAAACCUGGACCCGAUCAAGAAGCAUCAGGACAUCAUUAUUGGAUCACUCAGGGAUCGCGAUAUUACGGUGCGCAGGCAGGGCCUGGAUCUAUUAUACAGCAUGUGUGAUGCCACGAAUUCGCAGAAGAUUGUGCAUGAGCUGCUCAAGUAUCUGCAAUCUGCAGACUACGCAAUUCGAGAAGAGAUGGUGCUGAAGAUCGCCAUUCUGACUGAGAAGUAUGCCACGGACGUCAAGUGGUAUGUCGACAUAUCAAUGCGACUGAUUGCCAUGGCCGGCGACCAUGUCAGCGAUGAGGUAUGGCAAAGAAUCAUUCAGAUCGUAACCAACAAUGACGAGCUGCAAGUCUAUGCUGCACAAAACAUCCUGCAAUACUGCAGGGCUGACCACUGCCAUGAGACACUGGUAAAGAUUGGAAGCUAUAUUUUGGGCGAGUUUGGUCACCUUAUCGCCGACACCAAGACCUGCAGUCCGAUCGAGCAGUUCUUUGCACUGCAGGCUAAAUUUGCGGCAUGUUCGCCAGUGACACGAGCUAUGAUCCUGUCUGCUUUCUUCAAAUUUGUCAACCUGUUCCCAGAGAUCCGACCACAGCUACUUUCAGCUUUCAGAACGUAUAGCCAUUCACUGGAUUCCGAGCUCCAACAGCGUGCAUGCGAAUACUUGGCAAUAUCAACAAUGCCCUCGGACGACCUCCUACGAACAAUAUGUGACGAGAUGCCUGCUUUUCCCGAACGAGCGUCUGCUUUGCUGUCAAGGUUAGACAAGAAGUCGAGCGCAGCUGGCGACAAGAGAACGUGGGCCAUCACAGGCAAAGACGCUGCACCUGGUCUCGACCGGAGUGCUACGCUCAAGCGCAAUUUCAGCGCCACCGCUGCUGCUGCCGGCAUUAAUGGAACAACGAACGGCACCAACGGUAUACACAAGAACGGCGUCGUGAAGACGCCAAUUGACGAACUGGCUGGUCUCGACUUGACGAGUGGAAGCACUAACUUUGCGUCCGCAGCACAUCUGUCUCCGAACUGGGAAGAGGGCUACAACCGACUACUCAUGCGCGCUGAAGGACUUCUUUACGAGGACGUCCAAAUACAAAUUGGAUGCAGGACAGAGUACCGUGCGGAAGUAGGGUGUCUGAUCUUGUACUUCACGAACAAAUCUCCAGCGCCGAUACAAUCUUUUACCACAACCGUGGACAAUCCAUCUCCGGAGCAGCUCAAAGUGGAGACCAAGAGCUUGCCCGACACGAAAGUCCACACAGGAGAGCAGACGAGUCAGAUGGUCAUCUUCACGGCCAAUGGCAUUUUCAGCGAAGCGCCCACAAUCAGGAUAUCAUACAUGGCUGGAGCUCUACAAGCUCUGACACUGAAGUUACCCUUGGCACUGCACAAGUACAUGGACACUGCCGUUUUAUCUUCAGAGGACUUCUUCAAGCGGUGGAAACAAAUUGGCGGUGCGCCGCGAGAAAGCCAAAAUAUUUUCAAAGCAUACGAUAUUUCCACCGACGCGACACGGAGGCUGCUCAUAGGCAUGAAGUGGGGCAUCUUAGACGGUGUCGAUCCGAACCCAAAGAACUUUGUCGGUGCGACGGUGUUGCAUACCGGAGGUGGCAAGUAUGGCUGCUUGAUGAGGCUGGAGCCGAAUCAUGACAACAAGAUGUACCGUCUCACGAUACGCGCGACAGACGAAGCCGUCUCUCCCAUUCUGAUGAAGUUAAUGGAGGAGAGAUUGAAAGAGCCCUUUCCGCAAUGACAAUCAACUGCUUCCUUCGCAGAGCGAAGUGAAGCCGUGAGAGAUGCGAUGCUGCAUAGCAAUUCACAUGCGCAAGGACAGAACCUGAACCAGAUGCCGAGUUUUGGGCAACUCAGAGCCCAUGCUGGGAUCGACUGAGGCAUUGGGUUGAUAAGUAGGGGAGCAGAAAAAAAGGUUUGCAUGCAUUUUGAUACCACGUGGCAGGCGGGAAAUAGGGGAGAGCAAUCGCAAGAUGAUGUGUACAGAUUAGUUUUGGGAGACGAGGGGUGGGAGAUGAGCGCAUUGGAAUCGAGUUGCCCUUCGAACGCUCGAAUUUUGAUUCAUCAUAAUUGAACAAGCAUCAAAAGCCUGGCGUAUGUGUACACGUAUUCUACAAAAUCCUCGGCGUGACUUUGUAAGAGGGUUGGACCGC